CGUCUGCUAAAUCAGAGUUGUUUGCGCUUGUGUAAUGUUCAAAGUCCUUAACACCGGUACACAGGAUCAGUUUAGAUUAAAUUGCACAUAAAAAUGUUGUCCAGAGGAAUAUUUCGACUCAUAAAUGAGACAAAUUGCACAAAACAAAUUCUUGCUUGUACAAGUAGAAGGUGCUAUUCCACCAGGCCUGAAAUCAGUCAAAGCUCAAACUUGAUGGACUUUGGUACCAGGAAGAUCUUCUCUGAGGAACAUGACAUAUUUCGCCAGUCGGUCAGACGAUUUUUCAGAGAGGAGGUGGCGCCCCACAGUGAACAAUGGGAGAAAGAUGGUCAAGUCAGUAGAGAAGUAUGGUUGAAAGCCGGCGAGCAGGGUUUAUUGGGGGUGAACACAAAGGCAGAACAUGGUGGCAUCGGGGGUGAUGUCCUGUCCACAGCAAUCACCUGGGAGGAACAGGCGUAUGUGAACAGCUCUGGGCCUGGGUUUGCCCUUCACUCUGACAUCAUCAUGCCGUACAUUUGCCACUACGGCACACAGGACCAGAUUAAGAAGUAUAUACCGGACAUGACAGCAGGGAAACGUAUCGGAGCAAUUGCCAUGACAGAGCCCAGUGCUGGCAGUGAUCUGCAGGGUAUCCGUACUUACGCCAAGCAGGAUGGGGAGGACUGGAUCCUGAACGGCAGCAAAGUGUUCAUCACCAACGGCAUCAUGUGUGACCUCGUGAUUGUGGUGGCCAUCACCAACCCCCAGGCCAAGUCCAACGCCCACGGUAUCAGCCUGUUCCUUGUGGAGGCAGGAAUGAAGGGAUUCAACAAGGGCAGGAAACUGGACAAGAUUGGCUUCAAGGCACAGGACACGGCAGAGCUGUUCUUUGAGGAUGUCCGCCUCCCUGGGUCCGCCAUGCUUGGUGAGGCCAACAAGGGGUUCUACUACCUGAUGCAGGAGCUGCCCCAGGAGCGGCUCAUCAUUGCCGACGUGGCCCAGGCAGCAGCGGAGUGGAUGUUUGAGGAAACACGAGACUAUGUGAGGCAGAGAAAGGCUUUUGGAAAGACCCUGUCUCAUUUACAGACGAUACAACACAAGCUUGCUGAGCUGAAGACAGAGAUCUGUGUGACCCGAGCCUUCGUGGACAGAUGUCUGGAGUCUCACAACAUGGGGCAGCUGGAUACUGAGACUGCAUCCAUGGCCAAAUACUGGUGCUCUGAGCUCCAGAAUAAAGUUGCCUACAACUGCCUGCAGAUGUUUGGAGGGUGGGGAUACAUGCGUGAGUACCCGAUCGCCCGGGCGUACUGCGAUGCCCGCCUUCAGCCCAUCUACGGAGGGGCCAAUGAGAUCAUGAAGGAGCUCAUUGCCAGGAGCAUUGUCAAGAAGUAGCGGGGCUUGUGAUUGAUGGGCUGUCACAUGGAGAGUGACAUGGGACAUGACAUACUAAGUGACAGGGCGAGUGCCAUCGGACAUGACAUGAGCUGUGACUUAGGACAUAACAUGGGCAUUGCAGACAAACCUGUGAAAAAAUAUUACUAGUGUUUGUAUUCUGCAAAUUUUUAAAGGUGCAAGACUGAGCAGUUAUGUGCAUUAUUAUCCCCCAGUAGUUUUUGUAUGAUGAACAUUUUCAGGGCUAUAUCUAAGAUACAAUGCACGAUUUCAAUAUGAAACUUUAUGGGUGUAUUGAUUUAAAUGAGAAGAAGUACCACACAUAAGAACCAUAACCCUUCCCUUUCUUUAAUAAGAUGAAUUGCCCUUUGUUGUUUGUGUUUGAUUGAAACAUUUUCAGGGCUAUGUCUCAGAUAUGAUACAACAUAUCAACAUGUCACUUCAUGGGUGAGUAGAAAUCAAUGUUAAGAAAUGCCAUGCACAAAAACCAUAACCCUGCACUUUCUUAUCUUAGAGUUAUUUUCCUUUGUUGUUUUUGUAUGAUUUAACUUUUCAAACCAUAUCUCAGAUAUGAUACAACAAAUCAACAUAAAAUUUCAUGGGUGAGUAGAAAAUAAUGGGGAAAAGUGCCAUGCACAAGAACCAUACCAUUGCACUUUCAUCACCCAGAGUUAUUGCCGUUUGUUGUUUUUGCCUUUUUACUAAAUUAUUACCUAUGAAUUAUUCCCCUUAACUUUAUGAUAAUACAGUAUAACAAGGGAUUUGCACCAUUCCAUAAACAAAGUUUAUUUGGCGGGGGAUAUCAAUUCAAAAAAUUAGUUUGUUACAUAUCAUAUUAUCGGUUUCUGUAUCUGUGGUUUAAGGACAUAAUGCUCAUUUAUCUUUUUUGAAAAGGUUUUUGGCUAAUUAAUGAAUGUUAUUACAUUUUAAUCAGUUUUGUUGCAUUCAAGUGAUAUAUUAACAAGACAAAACCAGGAAAAUAUCUACAUUUUUAUGCCCCCCUUCAAAGAAGAGGGGGUAUAUUGCUUUGCUCAUGUCGGUCGGUCGGUCUGUCGGUCCGUCCACCAGGUGGUUGUCAGACGAUAACUCAAGAACGCUUGGGCCUAGGAUCAUGAAACUUCAUAGGUACAUUGAUCAUGACUCGCAGAUGACCCCUAUUGAUUUGAGGUCACUAGGUCAAAGGUCAAGGUCACGGUGACCAGAAAUAGUAAAAUGGGUUUUGAAUGAUAACUCAAGAACGCAUACGCCUAGGAUCAUGAAACUUCAUGGGUAGAUUGAUCAUGACUUGCAGAUGACCCCUAUUGAUUUUGAGGUCUCUAGGUCAAAGGUCACGGUGACCCGAAAUAGUAAAAUGGUUUCCGGAUGAUAACUCAAGAACGCAUACGUCUAGGAUCAUGAAACUUCAUGGGUAGAUUGAUCAUGACUGGCAGAUGACCCAUAGUUGAUUUGGAGGUCACUAGGUCAAAGGUCAAGGUCACGGUGACCCAAAAUAGUAAAAUGAUUUUCGGAUGAUAACUCAAGAACGCAUACGCCUAGGAUCAUGAAACUCCAUAGGUAGAUUGAUCAUGACUUGCAGAUGACCCCUAUUGAUUUUGAGGUCACAAGGUCAAGGUCACGGUGAUCCGAAAUAGUAAAAUGAUUUUCGGAUGAUAACUCAAGAACGCUUUUGCCUAGGAUCAUGACACUUCAUAGGUACAUUGAUCAUGACCCGCAGAUGACCCCUAUUGAUUUUCAGGUCACUAGAUCAAAGGUCAAGGUCACAGUGACAAAAAUCGUAUUCACACAAUGCCUGCCACUACAACGGACAGCCCAUAUGGGGGGCAUGCAUGUUUUACAAACAGCCCUUGUUAUAAUUAUUGGUAAAAGAAAGUGUUCAUUGCUUUCUGUCUGGAUGGUAAUCAACUGUGAUACUGAUAUAGCAGUAUUAAAGAAAGAAUGAAAUGAAUCUUCCAACUGUCUUUAUGUGAUAUAUGUUUAAUAUAUUAUUAAUAAACAGAAAAUGUAUACAUUUUUAA